AUGGGGAAAAAAAGUAAAAAAGUUGAAGUCGAGGAUGUCGGAGAGGAUAUACCAGAGGAAUUGAAAAAAGAAUUGACAACACCAAAGACCGAGAAUGCUUUGAAUAUAGAUGAGAUUGAUGACCAAAUGGAAAAUCAAUCCAGAUUUACAGUGUUGACCAGUGUCAUCAAAAAAAUUGGUUUUGGAGCUGACCUUACCUCUAUGACAGUACCAGGUGCUUUCAUCCUACCUAAAUCAGCUCUAAGUUAUUUCGCCGAAUAUUAUUCAUCUUAUUUCGAUAUCCUUUUAAAGGCAAAUGAAAUAGAAGAUAAACAAGAAAGAUUCAUUCAAGUUGUAAAAUAUUUAUUUACAGCAUGUCGGUUACCUGAAGACAAUAUGCGUAAACCAUUAAAUCCAGUGCUUUCAGAGACUUACGAAGGUGACAUCAUUUUUGAACAUGAACAACAGUCGGACAAUAACAACAAGACGAGUGGAGAGGAUGAUAUUGACGAUGACUCACCAGACAGCAAAGGAGCAAGUAACUCUUGUACGUUCUUCUGUGAGCAGAUUUCCCAUCACCCACCCAUCUCUUGUUCCACUGUCUACAACAAGGAGGCUGGAAUCUAUGUUAGCUACCACGACCAAGUUAAAUCAACCUUCAUGGGUACAUACGCCAAGCUGUCCUUCGAAGGAACCGUUCGAAUUCGUUUCGAUAAGUACAACGAAGUCUACACUGGUACCUGUCCGAGCAUGGCUGUUCGAAUCUUUAGAAGUUUCAGUGAGUACGUUGGAAAGUCAAAGCUUACAGUAAACACCUCAUCACUCAAAUGCAAAUCAGUAUUCCAUCCAAAGCCAUUGCUGUAUGGAUCAUACAAUACAUUUGAUACAACCAUAUACAAUGGAAAAGACAAAAUCUUCAAGAUCAAAGGACAAUGGGAUGAGAUUGCCAAGAUCUCAGAAUACAAGAAGGACGACUACAAGAUACUCUGGGACAGACGAACCAUGAAACAAGGUGCAAUGAGAGGUCCAGAGGUACUCCUUCCAACCGACUCUAGCAUCGUAUGGAAAGGUGUGUUCGAGGCAGACAAGUUGGACAGUGGAACAUCUGCCAAGACAAUCACCAAAGAGAAGACCAAAGUAGAGGAAGCACAACGUAAGAUUACCGCAGAAAGAAAACAAAAAGGUGAAGUUUGGAAACCAGUUUAUUUCGAACAAGAUAAAAAUGGAUUUUAUUUCUUAAAGAAUUAUAAAUCACAAAACUAA